UGAGAGCUGGCCCUGCCGCGUGCAUGCAGCAGAAUGGCUCGAGCGGUUCCAGCGGCUCUGAGGGCGGCAGAGAGCGCCAGCCCCUGUCCUCCUUCAGCCCCAUACCUGCCGCCACCACACGGGUGAGACGGUUCAUCCAGGAGAGGCGGUCGCUGCCUCUGCCUCUGCCCAAGGUGAUGGUGGUGUUCUCGGCUGCGGCGGAAACAGACAAACCGAGCGAUGCUACGUCAAGAAGCUCGGACCCGGCUGCGGAGGAGGAGGAUGCUCGGAAGCCGGCCUCCCCUUCACCGAGCAGAGCGCUCCGGUCCUCCCUGAAGCCCCAGGAGCAGGAGUUUCCAGAGGUCAUUUCUCUGAACGUUGGGGGCACAUACUUCACCACCCGUUUGUCCACACUGCGGCGGUACGAGGACACCAUGUUGGCUGCCAUGUUCAGCGGUCGACAUUACAUCCCACAGGACGCUGAGGGACGCUACUUCAUCGAUCGGGACGGGACCUAUUUUACGGACAUCCUGAACUUCRUGAGGGAAGGGGAGCUUCCUCACCGGGACCGGGUCCGGGCGGUCCACAGGGAGGCUCAGUACUACUCCAUCGGGCCGCUGAUGGACAGCCUGGAGGACAUCCAGCCUCUGACAGGAGAGAAGGUCCGACAAGCUUUCCUCGACCUGCUGCCCUACUACAAAGAGAAUCUGGAGCGAAUCGUGGAGAUUGCCAAGCUGCGGGCCAUGCAGAAGAAGGCGCGCUUUGCCAAGCUGAAGAUCUGUGUGUACAAAGAGGAGAUGCCCAUCACGCCGUACGAGCGUCCACUCUUUAACUCUCUGCGCUUCGAGCGCUCGGACAGCGAGACCAAGCUGUUCGAGCAUCACUGCGAGGUGGACGUGUCCUUCGGGCCGUGGGAGGCGGUGGCGGACGUUUACGACCUGUUGCACUGCAUAGUCGGGGACCUGGCCGAGCGAGGCAUCGCCGCCGAACAGCAGUGCAUCGGCGUYUGUGACAAGCACCUCAUCAACCAUUACUACUGCAAGAGACCCAUCUACGAGUUUAAGAUCACAUGGUGGUGAGGCUCCCUGACCAAAACACUAAAACUACGUUAACYUGGACGUUUGUUUGGAAGUUGUUUUGUGCUGAUGUCUUAAAAUGUGACCCUUUAAAUCCCACAUGAGUAGUUUCUGUUCUCACAUACUCAUUUUCAUGUUUUAUCAAAGUGUUUGUUUCUAUUGGCACUACAAACCUCAUGACAUCACCGCUGAGUGAGGUCACCAUCCUCAAAUCACAGCUAUGGAAAAUUGUAAAUCACAGAGUUUGGAUGUUUUUAUACAAAACUAACGUCUCAUUGCACUCCCUUUUUAUCACCACAAACUAGUUAACUCGAUUUUUAUUGGUUUGGAGUGAUGUCAUCAGAAACUCUAGCUCUGUGUUUAAAACAGAGAARUCCCAAACUUCAAAAUGACACAAAUCAUUUCCUGACAAGAUGCCAGCCGCCAAAGGAAAAAUGUCGUUUCAGAGAAAAUGAUAAAAGCCAGGAUUUAUUUUUAUUUACACCUGUUAGAAAACUUUGAUUUAAAGUGCCUGUGACAUCCUUCAAAUACAACAAGUCAAAGGAAACAUCUUUAAYUUGAAGAAACUUGACGUAAUGCACACAAUUAUAUCCCUUUUGUCACAUAAAUGGCAUAUUUUCUUUGAAACUUGGCUCGGCCAAAGUAAAACAGGAAGUGACAUCACAGAGGAACUCUUUCAGAAAGAGAGCACCCUGUGGCUACGUUCACACUGCAGCUCUUAAUGCUCAAUUCAGAUUUUUUUUUAAAAAAAGCCACUGAUGAUGAAG